AGAUCGUAACUAGAUCUAGAUCUAGAAUCUAGAUCAUAUGAUCUAUUAUCUAUUUAUCUAUAAUUAGAUAUAUAAAUAGAAGUAUGGUGUAUAGAAUCUAGACCUAAUCAAUCAAAAUCAAGGCUAAUCAUCCAGGCUAUAUUAAUUUACUAUAUAUAUACUUAGAAUAUACUAGACUUUACUAGACUAUAUAGUAUAUACUACUAUAGAUUCUAGAUCUAUUCUCUGAGUCUGAGAGAUCUAGUCUGUCUAGAUCUAGAAUCUAGAGUAAAGUGCAAAGUUCGAUCACAUUAAGCCAGCUGGCAGCAAUUUUCACGUUUGGAUUUUAUAGCACCAUAGCGUUCUGACCUAUGAAAAAACUGAUGUUAUCUCUGAACUCCUCGUCCUUUUUUCUAUAAAAAUAGACCAGAUUUAAUGUAUCACAAGGCUUAGUUAAAUGGCUGCCUGGUCGUGCGGUUUGCGCGCUGGACUGUCGUUCGGAUUUAUCACCGGUCGAGGGUUCAAACCCUGCCUGCUCCCAUCCCCUGUCAUACUGCGGGAGGUUUGGACUAGGAUGUAAACUAUCUUCAACGCUGAAGGAACAUCCGAAACAUGUAAAACAUUUUACAAACAAAUAAAAUAUGAGGUCAAAGAGGUGUAGGGUGGGUUUCGCCAAGCGUACUUUACCUCGGUCGGAUUUUUCCCCAGUUAAUAAGCUUGAUCGGGUUCAUGGAAGGUUCGAGCAGAUCAAAGAAAAUAUAUCUAAAAACAUGUUUUAAUAUUUAAUUUUCACUAUGAAGUCAUUUUCUUUUUACUCCAGCGCAAGAACACCAUCCAUUGCAUCAUUUCCCACCCUCCACAACUUCAAAUUGUCUUUUUAAGCUGAUGAGCCAUCAGACUUAAAAAUAGCAUUAAGCCCAUGACCCAUUUCCUUCACUACCGGGUAGUAAAAAAGAAUAAUUUCACACCUCUUGAGUUUGACCACACCAUAAACUUAGCUUUUACAAGGAAAAGGAAAUAGUAUGUGUCCGAAGUGAAGAAAAAAGGUACAUGCGCAGUAGCAAUAUAUAUAGUAGUAAUUUGGUAAACAUUCAAAUAAAAAAGUUUUAGCAAUAAAAAGUGAACCGAUCAAACCUCUCGACAAAUCAGGGCUGAUCGAACUUCGCACAUACUCUAUGUCUUUAUGGCUAAUAUGGAUAGCCUAUAGAUCUACCUAUUGCACUAUUAUAGUCAAUAAGUGUCUAUAGGCCACUAUAGGCUAGUAUAGGGUGCCCCAAAAAGAUCUCGACUUAAAGAUCUAAUACACACUUUAAAUAAUUGAAAGCCAGCCUUAGCACUAGCAUUAAGACUAGCUUUGCUAUACAGUACAAUGGGUGUAGUUUAUAGUUCUGCAAGAUGUAGAUUUAUAUCAAGAUCAUCUAGUAUAAAUAAUAUUUUGCAACAAAAUGAUGAAAGAAACCAGACUGAUAAAACAGAAUUAGAUGUUGAUCUAACUUAUUUAAUUGGAAAAUUGGAAAGACUACCUGCUUAUGCCAAAAAACUGUUUGAGUUAAGUAAACUGUAUUUGACUUCAGCUGCGGAAAACAGCAAUGAUUGUAAAUCACAAUCUUUUCACAUGACAGAAUCUGCCAUGAUUGGAAGAAGUGAACAAUGUCAGGCCUCCAAUGAGUUGUCAUCUCUAUAUCUGUUUACACCAUUGAAACAAAAACACCCAUUACACUGUGGACAGACUUUUAUACAGUGGAAAGCUACAUUUGAUGUACAACAGUUAGCCUACAUGUGUGCACCCUCACGUAACACCAUUUACCUGCAACCUUUGGACAGCUUCCCAGAAGUCAUCUCACAGUUUGUAUUGCCCAUAUCUCAACUAUAUUUAUCUUUGUUUCAACUGCUUCAAGGAUUUUGUCAGAUAUUUUUCUUAGGAGUGGAAGUAGUUCUGCUAGCACCUGUAUCAUCCACCAACUGGACCAUAAGGUCAAGGCUAAGCCAUGGGCGGCCUCAGUUGUGUGUCAAUGAUUUCUUUCCUUUGCUUGGAUCAAGACUGCCUAAUAAUGGCAUGGGUUUAGUAGGCAUCCUAUGGACAGAUCUUUAUCCAGAAGGAUUUAACUUUGUUUUGGGAGAAGCUUCAGUUUAUCACAAAUCUGCUGUUGUUAGCUUUGGUGUAGAUACCUCAGAAGAUAUGACUCAAGUCAGUGGUGUGUUAGUCUGGAGACUUUUUAAGACUUUGACUCAUGAAAUCUGUCAUCUCCUUGGAUUAACACAUUGUGAGUUUUUCUCCUGCGCCAUGAAUGAGAGUAUUUCCAUAUCCCAAGCUAUGUCCCAGCCUUUGGUUCUGUGUCCUGUAUGUUUGAGAAAAGUUCAACAUGUAUGUGGCUUUGAUGUCUUGGAGCGCUACACAAAACUUCAUCAUUUCCUUCUUAAUGUUACAAAACAGUUGGAUGGAGAUUUAUCACAAUUCAAUCAAACUAUUCAAUGGUUACAUAAUUGUAUUCUUUAUGUAACACAUUAAUAAAUAAUACUAAUCAUAUGGAAAAGUGAUAAAGAAUGACAUAUUUUAAUACUAUUAUCAAUGUCAUUUACAUAUAUGUCAUUUACAUAUAUGUCAUUUACAUAUAGAGUGUAUCUUGAAGAAUUGUAUAGCACCCCCAGUUUGUUUGCAGCUGGACAUUUUGUAACCACACUAGCAACUUGGAAAUGUCUUGCAACUGUCACAGCCCCUCUGAAUGACACAAGA